AGUUCUGCUCAGUCGUUGUCAGGAAAAGGUUAUUCGUGUGACAGCGAGAGUGAUAUUGACGAUAAGGCAUCGGAAGGUUCCGAGAAGCUGUUCACCCCUCCAGCAACGAAAGGUCCAACGUCGAAUGACAAGGCCGAAACAAAAGCAGGAAACCUCCCUAAAAUCUCCGGGUUAGAACGCAGCCAGGAACUGAACACAGACCUGCCAUUCGUCCUACCCCUCUCCAGCCCGCCACCUACCGCAACCAUCGUGACGUCCAGCUCUUCGGUACCCACGUCAAGCACCCGGGCUAGCCCGCUCUUGAAAAAGGAACCCUUGGUCCCAGCACCAGCACCUCCGAGGCUCACCCCUCAGCCACAGCCUCGUCCGCAGUCACAACCUCAGCCUCGUCCGCAGUCGCAACCUCAGUUGUUGCCCGAGCUCCGGACACAGCUGCCGAGUCAUAUCCCCCCACCUCUCAGUUAUCAGGUCCAUCACCAAGUGGCCCACAACGGAAUCAAUAAUAUCAGCAGAAGCAGCAGCGCCAGCAGCGCCACGAGCAUUAGCCUCCCCAAGCACCUUUCUCUCUCCCCACAGAUCCCACCCCACCAUUCCUCUGGCCCCGUGGUGCCCCUUUCCAUCUCCAACCUUGCCGCUUCGCACUUCCCUCUCCGAUCGCAGUCCCAACACCAGCAUCAUCCGGCCAUGUUCGCCACCCCUCCCACGCUGCCGCCCCCACCUCCAGCCUUGCCCACCAACAGCCUUGUGAUCCCGGGACACCCUGCAGAUACCAGCCUGUUGAUAUCAUUCAACCAACCAAUCAUGUAUUGCCAGCCUCAUUCGGGGAUUCUGAUUGGUACAUUGUCACAGGCAUCUCUCUUACCUCCACCAAUGAGUUCUCACGUAGAAAACCAUCACAGCAUGACGUGCAGAAAUAGGGAAUGCCAGUUCGACAAGUACGCACCCAAACUUGAGAAUCCUUACUUUCGACAUUCCAACUUCUUUCCAAGUUACCCCCCCAAUGUGCCAGGGAUGCCUUCCAUGCUCCCCCACCCAGGCCCUUUCGGGUCCCUCCAGGGAGCUUUUCAACCCAAGACUUCGAAUCCAAUCGAUGUGGCCAGCAGGCCUAGCACGGUGCACCACACGCUUCUGCAGAAGACACCAGGGGUGGCGGACGCCUAUCGGGCUCCUGUACGAGUAAGUAAGAAGCCCGGGAAAUGGUGCGCUGUCCACGUACAGAUUGCUUGGCAGAUCUACCAUCACCAACAGAAGAUAAAGCAAAUGCAGCUGGAUCCCCACAAGCUUGAAAUCGGCGGAAAACUUGACCUCUUCAGCAGACCGCCAGCUCCCGGCGUCUUUCCUGGUUUCCAUUAUUCUCAAGAUCUUGCCCGACCCCUCUUCUCCAGCACAGGAUCUGCUCAUCCAAACUCCGCUCCAUUUGGAUCCUCGCCUCAUCAUAGCAGCUUCCUGCCCACCAGCCAUUUGGCAGGUAGGUAUCCGUUUACAAGGUCAAGCACCUUCAGCGGCCUUGGAAAUUUAAGCAGCAAUGCCUUUGGCGGAUUAGGCAGUCAUACUUUGAGUCACAGCAGCAUCUUCGCUCACAAGGACGGGCCGAACGUCCAGAGUUUUGGCAGCCCCCACGAGCCCUGGAACCGUCUGCACCGGACGCCGCCCUCUUUCCCUACGCCGCCUCAGUGGCCCAAGCCGGGGGACACCGAGCGGAGUUCCUCGGUGACGAAUCACGACAGAGACCGAGACUCCGAGAAGAGGGAGCUUUCCUCCAGUAAAGAAGAGAGAGAGAAGGAGAGGGAUCUUCUGGACAAAAGCAGGCAUUCAAACCGAUCCUCACCGGCUUCAGCUCCCGUGACCCACCAGAUCAGCAAUCUCAUCCGUAGCAACAGCCAGGCGGCGAGUGAUUCCAGCCGGCAGGUUGCCCUCCUGGAACGAGACCGAUCUAAAGAUCUAGAGAGAGAGAUUCCCGACCGGCUCAGAGAUCCCCCUCCGGUGGUAGAGCAGAAGAUCAAAGAAAGCCGCUCACCGGUGAAGGAACCUCCCAGCCAUGAAAAGAGAUCCCUGGAGGACAAUACCAAGCCCGUAAUCCAGUCGGUUUCUCCCUACAGCAAGCCGGCCUUGAGCGAGAGCUUGAAACUCAGCAGCCUGAUGAACAAGGACGUGGAGAGGAAGCCGGAGCUGCUGGCGGACCUCCAGAAGAUCAAGAACGACGUCAAAGUCAAAGAAGAGCGCAAAGAGGAGAGCGAUGUCUUGGUGGUGAGCUCGGAAACUUCGCAGCAUCCCCGCGGCGCCGAGCACCCGCCACCUCCUUCUCUCCACGGGUUGCCCCUGCCUCACACCAUGGCGGCCGCCAUGCCCAUCUCUAUGGGCAGCGUCCAUCAGAUGAACAACAUGAACGUUUUGGAACGUAGCCGGAUGAUGACCCCACUGAUGGGCAUGAACCCGCUUGCGGGACGCGAGAGGCUACCCCACCCGGGCUUUUCCUGGGACCCCAUGAGGGACCCCUUGCGCGACGCCUACCGCAGCUUAGACCUCCACCGCCGGAUGGACUUCCAGCUCCGAUCGGAUCCCAUCCACCGGUUUCCCGCCGCCUCGGGAUUUUAUGACCACGAGCGCUCUUACCGGGACCGCGAACCCCACGACUACAACCACGAGAACCUUCUGGAAGCGCGCCGGGAGCAGGAGCGUCUCCGGCAAGCGGAAGAGCGGGAGAGGUUGCACUUACGGGAAGAACUCGAGCGUGUCAGGAUGCACCACUUGCACACCUCCCCCAUUGAAAGCCACCUGGCCCACAUGCCUUCCUUCAUGUCUCAUCUCAGCAGCAUGCAUUACCCCAGGCUCAGCCCUUCGGCCGCCAUGCACAACGGGAUUUUGAGCCGGAACCCGCCCACUGCCGCGCUCAGUGCUCCACCCCCAUUGGUCCCAGCGAGUAGUACGAGACCCUCCUCCCCCCGUCGGACUACCCCGCUCACAAACCCGGAAUCCCGGGAUUAUUCCCCUUCUAGCAAUGCCAAAGAAGUCGAGGCACGAUAGCUCCCGGCCCGCCUGCAGGAUAAUUGGUUUUUUUUUUUUCCAAACUUACCUGUAUAAAUAAUAGAGGAGGACGGGGGGGGGGGAAUGGGGUUGGGGGGAACCCCCCUUUUUUUAAAACAAAAAAAAUGCACUGCUGUAAAACUUUUUUUAAAAAAAAAAACUGUAAAAUUUGUAGAAAUGAAGCACAGUUGCGAAAGGCGAUGGAAGGGAGGGGAAGUGGGGAUCGCGCAGAAGGAGGCAUCCGAAGGUUACAAACCUUUCGAGACCGCACGGUUGCUGACAAAGAAAAAGAAAUGGAAAAUUUUAAUAUAUAGGUCUUUGGUUUUUUGUUUUUUUUUUCUUGUUUCCUGGUUUUAUUCUGUUCUUUUUUUUUUUCCUCCUCCCCUUUUGCUUCUGUGCUGAGUUUAAACUAUUACCAGGUUUGUACAUUUUAUUUUAUUUUUAUUUUUUGUUGUUGCCCCAAAUGCCAGGAACAUUUUUAAUGAAUGUAUUUUUUUUUUAAUUUUGUGCUCUUUGUUCAUACACACACACACACACACACACACACACACACAUACACAAAAAACACAUGCAAAAAGAAAAAAAAAGGAAGUUUUUGUUUCUAGUUUAAAUUUUGUGGCCUCAGAUCCUUAAGUAAAAGAAAAAAAAAACCAUACAUCCAGGGUUUCUUAAAAGUAUUAUUUAU